UUUAGUUCGUCUUAAAAAAGGCUGGAUGUUUGGAAAUCUAGUAAAAUUCAUCCUCCUUUUCCGCCACUUGAUGGAGCUGUAACGCUGUAAAACCAGAACUGAUCUGUCUUAUAAAUAGUUGUUCAGUCUGCUUUCCAUGCAGCAUUGUGACAAGAUGCCAAGUAUCCAAACUUCAAAUAAAAAAAAAAAAAGAGUCAUUCAUCCGUUCCUCCAUACAAUCUCCACACUAUCUCGGUUCCUCAUCUGGUGUUUCCCCCCUUCUCUGUCAAAGACUUUUCAGAUCCUUUCAAUUAAAGACUUCCGUGCCCCUGCAGAUCCCCUUGCAGACCCUAUGAACACCGUGAGGAGUGAUGACUUGUGCGUGCAUCCUAGCUCCCCCCACCCACCCACCUACCUACCACCACCACCACCACCCUCAAAACACAACAUGCCUCUGCUGAUAUUGCUUUCUUGGAGACGGACCGAGCAGGUGAAGCAGAGGCAAAGGUUCUGCAGAACUGCCAACGCUGACGCACCCUCCCACGUCCUGUCUUUUUCCUCACCGGGGGAAACUUUCCCUCACCAGUCCCAAGCCGGAGAGAAAAUGGGCAGCAUGGCGACGCAGAUCGUCGCCUUCCUCCUGACCGUCUCCGGCUGGAUCCUGGUGUCGUCCACCCUGCCGACGGACUACUGGAAGGUGUCUUCUGUGGACGGGACGGUCAUCACCACGGCUACUUUCUGGUCCAAUUUGUGGAAGACGUGCGUGACCGAUUCCACCGGCGUGUCCAACUGCAAGGACUUCCCAUCAAUGCUGGCUCUGGAUGCCUACAUCCAGGUGUGUCGGGGUCUGAUGAUCGCCGCCGUGUGUCUGGGUUUCUUCGGCGCCAGUCUGGCCUUGGUCGGGAUGAAGUGCACGAGAAUCGGAGGCUCAGAGACCACCAAGGCUCGUCUGACCGCCCUGUCAGGCCUCCACUUCAUCCUCAGCGGCCUCUGCUGCCUGACCGCAUGCUCCAUAUACGCCCACAGGAUCACGACCGACUUCUUUGACCCCCUCUUCUUCGCCCAGAAGUUCGAGCUGGGAGCGGCCCUCUUCAUCGGCUGGGCCGGAUCGGUGCUGUGCAUCUUGGGAGGACUCAUAUUCUGCCUCUCCCUGUCCGAGGGCUUCACCAUCAGUAGAGCCGAAUACUCGUACGCUGGAGCUGCAUCCUUUGUGACGGCACGCAACAAGCAAAGCAAGGCAGCCAGCGGCCCGCGCAAGGAAGCACGUGAGCCGUCGCAACAGUUCGGGAGAAACGCCUACGUGUGAAAUUUAUCGUGAUAAACUAAAAAAGACGAAGGACAGGAUCCGUAUCAAUGAAGUGAAAGGGAUUAAUUGCUGCAGAAAAAAAAGAAAAAACAUAUUUUGUGUGACAGUUUACAUAUUCAAAUGUUAUAAUAAUCCUUAUCUGGUCUGUUCCUGUCAAUAGCUCAUAAAUAAAAGAUAAGCGUCUUUUUUUUUUUCCCCCCUUUAGGGCAGGAAAUUUGAUUUGGCAUGAAAUGAUGUUCAAACUCUACGGUCACCUUCAACGAGCUGCCUGUAAUACUUAGACACACAUUAAACCUGGGUUUCAUAA